CACAACUUUUGGUAUGAAACCUUCCUACCUUGCAGCGCCAGAAGCCGCUACCAGAAAGCCAUUCCCAAAACAGGCACUACGAUUACAGAUGCAGUGAUUGGCUCAGCUCACUACAACUAGAAGAAAGCUAUUAAAAACUCUUUUAAGAUUGCCUUCAUCCACAUAUAAUUCUGCUCACCUUUCCUUUUCCAAAACAUUCCCCAUUUCUUUAAUUAAUUAUACAUCCCACAGCAUCAACUUCUCUCACAUCUCAUAUAAUUAAGCAUACCUAUGUGACCUUAACUAGUACCCCUAACCCACAUUCCCCAUGGAGGCACAUGCAUCAUGCAUGCAUGCGACCAUUGACCCGGGCCCAUAAUGUCUCACAUAAAGCCAGUGUUAUUCCCACUCACACACAAAGUAUAAAGAUGCAACCACAUGCAUACAUGUCAUGCCAUGACCAACAUCAAGUGCAUGGCAUACCUAUGGAUGUCUGUUGUCUGCUCUUUAAGAAACUCUUGGUACUGUUUAUCUAGUUGCCUAAUGUGGGCCACUCAUCUAACUUUUCUCCUUCUAUAAGCACCUCCACUCCUCGUGCAUCCCUCCCCCUUCUCCAACACCCUGCAAUUAAUUCUCUCGGCAAAGCUUCCUUUCUCCUUCCCCAAGCUCAAGCCCAAGAAGAAACAAAACAACCCCCAAACUUCACCGUAGAGUUUAGGUCAUGCAGCCAGGUGAGGUCGCUGGACUAAGGUACCUGGCACCUGCAGAGCAAAGCCCCUACACAGCUCACUUUAAUUUUAGCACGAUGCAGAGCAACAUCCCCUUAUACCAUCUCAGCAGACUCCUAAGGCCUCUUCCUAGUCCUCAGAUCCCCCCUCCAGUGCAUGAAUUCAAUCCUCAGUCUUCAUGUCUCAGCAGUAACUCAACCUCGGAUGAAGCAGAUGAGCAGCAGUUGAGAAUCAUUGAUGAGAGGAAGCAGAGGAGAAUGAUAUCUAAUAGAGAAUCUGCUCGCAGGUCACGGAUGCGGAAGCAGAAGCACCUGGAUGAGUUGUGGUCACAGGUCAUCCGGCUUAGAACUGAGAACCGCCAGCUCAUAGACAAGCUGAACCAUGUCUCAGAGUGCCAUGACCAGGUCCUCCAAGAGAAUGCCCAGCUCAGAGAAGAAGCUUCUGAAUUGCGGCAAAUGCUUGGUGACCUGCAACUUGAUAAUCCUUAUACUGCUUUGAGGGAUCCCGAAGAGAUCCCCUGCAACACAGCCCAUCUCAGAGCUGAAUCCUCAAACCAGUCCAUUACCAGUUCUGUGGAUUUGCUUCAUUGAUAUAAAGACUAUGCCAGCGCUUUUCUCUCUCCUCUUCACUUGAUUCUCCAUUUCUUCCUUCAUUUUACUUUCAUGUUUUGUCCGGGAUGAAAGGGCAAUCACUUGCCUUCAUUUGAGUGAUGUGAGAUUGAAACAUUGUGCAGUAACAGCUUUAAGCAUCUUAUUCCCAUCUAAGAUUAUCAUGUCACAUUUAAAUAUAUUAGCUACAUAUGACUCUGACAGUGCUCUAGAUUCAUUAUGAUUACACUCCCCCAUCUCUUCUCACCUCUUCUCGCCACAUAAACAUCUAGCAGCUUGUAAAGCGAAGUAUGUAAGGA